AAGGCGUUUUAAUGUGCUCGUGGAGGGUUUGCGUGGGGGAGGGGACCCCUGUGCAUCACUGAGUGUGUGUGGAUGGCGUGGGCUUCUCUCCCACUGAAGCGCGCAGCAGCAUCAUCACCACCAUCAUCAUCAUCACCACCGCCGCCCGGCUCAGCAGCAACAGCAUCACCAUCCUCAUCCUCCUCCUUCAUCCUCAUCAUCACCAUCAGCUGAAGAGGGGACGCUCGCAUCGCAGGGUUUCGAGACGUAAGAAGAGCCAGUUGUCAGUGAAGUGAGUUGGGAGUCUGAAGGCCUGGCGCCUCAAGUGGCCUCUCGGCUAAACCUCUGACCCCCCUUUGCUUCUUCUGAACCUCUCUAAACAUGGAGGACGGCUACCAAAACCGGACUGGCUUCAUAAAAGGUGCCAAAGACAUUGCCAAAGAAGUCAAACGGCAAACCAGCAAGAAGGUGGGCCGCUCGGUGGACCGCAUGAGCGAUGAGUACAGCAAGCGUUCCUACAGCCGCUUCGAAGAGGAUGACGACGAUGACUACCCCAUGCAGGGGAGCCAGGACGGAGGCUACUACCGUGGAGACAGCCAGGCGGCCAACGACGACGAGGGCGGCCACAGCGACUCCACCGAGGGCCACGAUGAGGACGACGAGAUCUACGAGGGCGAGUACCAGGGGAUUCCCAGGGCGGAUUCGGGCAAAGGCAGUCUGGCCGGAGGUCCGGGAUCGGUGAGGGCCGGAGCUCAGCAGUUCAGAGACGUCGGCGUGUCCGAGGCCGAGAGGAGGAAGGACCAGGAGGAGCUGGCUCAGCAGUACGAGACCAUCUUGCAGGAGUGUGGUCAUGGGAAGUUCCAGUGGACCCUGUACUUUGUGCUGGGGUUGGCGCUGAUGGCUGACGGCGUGGAGAUCUUCGUGGUCGGGUUUGUUCUCCCCAGCGCUGAGAAGGACAUGUGUCUGUCUGAACCCAACAAAAGUAUGCUAGGUCUGAUCGUGUAUUUUGGGAUGAUGGUCGGGGCUUUCCUCUGGGGCGCUCUGGCCGACCGGAUAGGACGUCGACAGUCCCUCCUCAUCUCCCUCUCAAUCAACAGCAUCUUCUCCUUCUUCUCGUCCUUCGUCCAGGGUUACAGCACCUUUCUGUUCUGCCGUCUCCUCUCGGGUGUUGGAAUCGGUGGCUCAAUCCCCAUUGUGUUCUCCUACUACUCUGAAUUUCUGUCCCAAGAGAAGCGCGGUGAACACCUCAGCUGGCUCUGCAUGUUCUGGAUGAUUGGAGGAAUCUACGCAUCUGCUAUGGCCUGGGGUAUAAUCCCACAUUACGGAUGGAGUUUCCAGAUGGGCUCGGCGUAUCAGUUCCAUAGCUGGCGUGUGUUUGUGUUAGUCUGCGCAUUUCCUUCUGUUGCAGCCAUCGCUGCCCUCAACGCCAUGCCAGAGAGCCCACGCUUCUACUUAGAGAAUGGCAAACAUGACGAAGGCUGGAUGAUUCUGAAACAAGUUCAUGACACGAACAUGCGGGCCAAAGGACACCCAGAGAGGGUGUUUACGGUCACCACAAUCAAGACUGUGAAGCAGAUGGAUGAGCUGGUGGACACCGGCACCGACACUCCAGUCUGGCAACGCUACAGGCUGAAGAUUAUGAGCCUCUCUCAACAGAUCCGGAACAACAUUCUUGCCUGCUUCAGCCCAGAAUAUAAACGGACGACCUUCAUGCUCAUGGCUGUUUGGUUUACGAUGUCUUUCAGCUACUAUGGUCUGACGGUGUGGUUCCCAGACAUGAUCAAAUACAUCCAGAAGCAGGAAUAUGAGUCUCGCACAAAGACCUUCACUGGCGAACAAACGGCGCACGUCACCUUUAACUUCACCCUGGAAAACCAAGUGCAUCGCCAAGGACACUUUUUCAAUGACAAGUUCCUCAACCUGAAGAUGAAGUCCAUGGUGUUUGAGGACUCUGUGUUUGAGGAGUGCUUCUUUGAGGACGUCACCUCCACACACACCUUCUUCAGAAACUGCACCUUCAUUGCAAGUUUGUUUUACAACACAGAUCUGUUCAAAUACAGGUUUGUUAACUGUAAACUGGUCAACAGCACGUUCAUCCACAACAAAGAAGGCUGCAUGCUGGACUUCAGCGACGACUUCAACAAUGCCUACAUGAUAUACUUUGUCAACUUUCUUGGCACGUUGGCAGUGUUGCCUGGCAACAUCGUGUCGGCUCUAUUAAUGGAUAAGAUCGGGCGUUUAAGGAUGCUGGCCGGGUCCAGUGUCAUAUCUUGUGUCAGCUGCUUCUUCCUGAUGUUCGGCAACAGUGAGUCGGGGAUGAUCGCCCUCUUGUGUCUGUUCGGAGGCAUCAGCAUCGCCUCGUGGAACGCCCUGGAUGUGAUCACAGUGGAGCUCUAUCCGUCGGAUAAAAGGACCACAGCGUUCGGCUUCCUGAAUGCUCUCUGUAAACUGGCGGCCGUGUUGGGCAUCAGCAUCUUCCAGUCGUUUGUGGGCAUCACUAAGGCCGUGCCCAUUCUGUUUGCCGCCGGCGCCCUCGGUGCUGGCAGUUUCCUCGCAACAAAGCUGCCUGAAACAAGAGGCCAAGUGUUGCAGUAAAGCAGAUGACCAUCAGUGGGCAGCAGAGUACAGCUGGAGCCUGUGUUUGACAACUCGAGCCCGAACAUCCCCGAGAGCUUCAGCGCUGCCCGUCACACACCAACAGAGCUGACUGUCAUCCCCAUUGUAAGCCCAGAAUCCUUUGAAAUGUGGAUUUGCAUCAUUCAAAGUCUACACAGAUACACAGCGAUAAUAAGAGAAGAGCACACAGAUGUAGAAAAACACAUUUGUAUCAUGAGAACACCUGAUGCAGCUUUAUUCCAGCUGCUCUGUACAAAAAAAAAAAAAAUCAGAUCUUUUACAGAAGAGUUGCAGGGUUCAAAUGGAAAUGUGCAGUUAGGAUAAAACGCCACAGUGAAACAGAAAGGUUAAAUGAAGAGAUGGGACUGAAAAAAAAGCCAUUUCUGGGGGAAUGAUUUGGUCCAUGUAUGUGGUCAGUUUUCAGAUCCGAUUGCGGUGUUUUUCUUUUACGUCUGUCCUUGACCUCAGUGGCUGGCUUACAGUGCUGCUGUUUGAUUUGCUGUUAAUGGUGCAGUUCAGUUUCAUUCAGACGUGCUUGUCGAAAAGUUUUUCUUUAAAAAGAUCUUACUGUGAAUUUCAAGAUGAAUAUUUUCUUUUAAAAACGCCCCUGACCACUGCCUCCGACUGAAGCCAGACCCGCUGAGCGCUGUUAUUCUCUACCAAAUACUAUUCAAACAUUCCACCGAGGCUGGAUUUAUUCAGAAACCAAGAAGUCUCGUUGCUUUUGUCCCUGAAUAUCUCCAGUCUUCUUCUUCUAUGUAUAGCCUCAGAAGAAACAGCCGACAGGUCAAGAUGCAUUUCACAGGAUUCUCUGUUGUAAAUGGGAACAGUUUGAUCCAGUUCCUCAGUGUUCUACUAAUGUUCUCCCUCCCAGUGUGAUGAUGAGUGCAACGCAGGGACAUCUGUGGGACGGAUUUUGGUCAAGAUGUGAGAGCAGAUAGUAAUGUGUAAGAUUUGCCUAAAUUUGUCGUGUGUGUGUGUGUGUUACUGCAUGUGUGAGGAAGAGUGUGUGUCUGAUUUAUCUGUUUAAACCCCAUCUUUUGGUGCAAAUGAAUGCAGCCACAUGGACCAUAUUUGUCAAUCGUUUAUCCAACAGCAGAAUGUAAAAACACAGCGGAGGCACGUUUUUAUGAUAGUUUCAAUGCAGUAGCUCAGGUGUGGUAAUAUAUUAUUCAUACUUUACCUACAGGACGGUACAGCUUCAUACCAUGUCAACAUUAAUCGGCUUCGAACCUGCAGUGUGGAACUUUUGUUGAGCUCUGGCAGUGAGAGUAAUUACACAAACACUGUUGACAUCUGCUUAAGAUUUAAUUGCAGAGUUUCUGAGUUUCUCCACUAUAGUCCAAGUUGCUGUAGCCAUCUUUAGCUUUGGCAAGCCAAUCUUUGCUGGUUAAAACGCAAUGCUAAGCUGCAGAAACCAGAUUUAAAACUUUGGUAGACUGCAAAGUAUUUCGAGAUUUACGUCCCGCUUAUAAUCAGCAUUUUCUGAACUUUUUUGGGAAGAUCUUGAAUACAACAGAUGUUCAUUUAUGAUGUUCACAACAAAAAGGUCGGUGUAAAUGUGUCAAGGUCCACCUACUAGCUAGUGGAGUUUGCUCAGGUGUGUUGGUAAAACAAAGCUUCUGAAAAUGCCAGAAAGUGGAUCUUGACUUAACAGUAAAGCAGUUGUUUGGUUGCUAUUUUCUCAUGAGUUCCUUAUAUUCAUAAGCACAAAUCAAAUGGGACCAAAAGAAGAAGAAAAAACACAAGUGAAAAUGUCACUGUGCUUCUGCUCUGUGGUCUUUAAUGGCACCUACUCAAUGCUGUUGAUCUAAAUUGAACAGAAUCACUCACUAAAGGGAAGCUGAUUAUGUACAGUAUCAUCAUCUAUACAUAUCGCUGUACUUCAGUAUCAUUUUUCCAAAGGUGUACAUCAAUAUGUGUGCUGACAAUCAGUGAGCGAGUACAUGAGAGUUGUUGAUGUUUGACCUAAAAUCGUCCUCUGGGUCGUGCGUGUGUGAGCGUGUGUGUGUUUGCGUUGCUGUCGGCCUCCCUCCCAGAGUAAACGAGUAUCCUGCUUAGCUUAGCAUUAAGACUAAAAGGUAGGGAAAACAGCUAGCCUGCCUCUGCUGUUGCCCUCUUUAUGCUAAGCUAAGCUAACCACCGGUUGACUGUAGCUUCAUAUUUAGCAUUUACAGGAAUCAAUCUCCUCAUUAAACACUUGACUGUUCUUCAGUGUUGUCAAACCUAGAUUCUGAGGAUCAGAGGGCUGUGCUAUGAAGUGAUAGUAGUGGGUCAGCAAGGUAUGUUGAGCUUAAAGUCAGAAUUUUAAAGGUGACGUUAAACCUGCUAGGUCUCCAUGGUAACUGACGUGGCACCGCUAACCUGAGUUUGGGAUUUAAAUCAAGUGUCUCCCUUUGACCAUUUUUACCUGACAAUUCUUCGUUAGCGAUACGGAAUCAUAGCAAGAAUAUGGUAUAUAUCUGCACACUUAUUGAGCCAUUGUACGUUAGUAUUGCUGGUUAACAAAGACGUGGAAUUACAGCAAGCAGAAACUCUAUGCAUCAAGUUGCUGUGGAAACUCAAAAGCCUUUAUUCGAUGAUGAAGAAAAUGCAUAAAUGCUUGAUUUGACACUGCUGGUGUUACACCUAAUAGGACACUGAUUAGAAGUUUUAUUUUCUAUUAGUAUAUAUAAGAGAAUAUUCAAUUAAUAGCCUUAAUUUCAUUUUGAUUUGGUCAAAAACUAAAGUGAUUUCCACGUAUCUUUCCUUGUGAGACGGCGUCAGACCUGAAUGCACUUCUUCAAUGUCAUGUUUUAAUGCAUGAAGUUGAAGAGCUCUAAUGUGCAGCUGUGACAGAAGAAACAAACAGCUGGAUUGCAAGUGCAGAAUGGGAAAAAUCAAUGUGGUAACUUACAAUGUGUUCUCCAGAACUCUCCUCACCUUUUCAUCUUGACUGAAGUGGAGAAGAGUCAAACAACAAAAACACCACAGAGUCUGGUAAAGCAAACCUCAGUUGAGAACGCUGAGAACCCCCUUACAGUGAUUGUGGUUUAGGUUUUGUUGAGCUAGCUAACUCUAAGAAAGCCCGACUUUGUUAAACUCGCUUCAUAGCGCAGCCCUCAGAACUUUGUGUAUUCGAUGAACAGAUUUGUCUCGUCUCGUUCAAAUUGGUAAAACUGUUUGAAUGAGUUGUUCGAGUGUGUGUGAGUGUGCAUGUGUACGUAUAAGCUGACUAAAUCGUCUGUCACAUAUUUUUCUACUCUUUUCUGUUGCGAUGUUUUCAUCCCCGCGAUGAACACAGCUCAGUUGGGGACCACGGAUUAUAUUUACACUACAAAAAGAGGAGAAGAAACCUAAUGCAAUAUAUGCAGUGUAGAAUUUAUUGUUCUUCUUCAUAACAGACUUGGGUGCUCUUUUGCUGAUUGUUACGAUCCAACCUCUAGGGGUUGGCUGGACGCAACAGAAUAACCAGGUGUUGUUAGUUUAGGUGAAGGUUUACAGUUCAGUCUUUAAAAACGAAUCCCAUUCUCAGAGGUAACGUACGGUCUGCUCCUCCGCUUAGAAAAAGGAUCGCAUCUUAAAUUCACAGAAACAGUUACACCCCCCUAAACCUUCUGUAUUCAACCAAUUGUGACGCAUGUUUGUAUUGUAUUGUCUGACUUCUUGGACGUCCUGUAUGCCAGCUGUUUUCGUCCAAAAGCAAGAACUAGUGUUUUCAUUGUUGUAUGAUGACAUAGAUUUGUUGCUUGCAGUGAUUGUUCUUAAUCAAAGUGGGUUUAAAAAUUGGUGAAACUUGAGUAUGUGUCCUGAAAGUAAGUUAGUGGUGACUGUGCUCCUUGUUUACCUUGGACCCAGGUAACUUUUUUAAACAUAUAAAUACAUAUAUAUAUAUAUAAAUUUAUAUAUAUAGAUAUCUGCCUGACAUUCUGAGGAGGAUGCCUGUAAUCAUGCAAUUCUUCUUGUCGCAGCAGUGCAACAUAGUUAUGGCUGGAAAUGGGCAAUACGCUUAAGUGAAAGGAGGAAAAAUGUGCAUAAAUGAUGUAGAAACAGUACAAUUUCACAUGAACUCAUAUGUUCAUGUGGGUCUGUGUGAAAGGGGGAAGUUUGAGCAAUAAAGUGGAGGCUUUCCCCAAGUCUGAGGAAACAGGAAGUCAAAGAGACGGCGGUUUUAUCAACUCACCAAAAGAGCGCCCUCUGUCAAAUUGAAGCUCCUGUCCAAAAUGUAAAAGUUUACUAUUUAAUGUUACUAUGUGUAGAAUUUUAAUUCUAUAUAUAUAUAUAUAUAUAUAUAUAAAUAUAUACAUGUAUAAACUACCAAAAGGGUUGCAGGUUUGAGUUUUAUCUAUGGCAGCGAUAUGGGAUGUUGGCCAAAUGAACGAAGCGAACACCAGCCUGAAGACUUCCCUUAAUGAUGGCGGUCUGUCAAAGGUGUGGAGGACUUUUUUACGGCAUGCUUUCUGUCUACUCAAGUCUUAAGAGCUCACAGAUCAGUCCUGAAUGAAUCCUGAGAAGAAGAAAAAAACACGGACCGACCCAUGCUGGAAAACGACUCCUUCAUCUGCAAAGAACUGCACGAAUCCUUCACUGUUAGUUGGGACUGAAGGAGUUUCCGUUUGUGUUCUCUUUAGUUUGACUCUGACCUGUUUAUUAACUGAUACAAGUUCUACUCUAAAUGUGAGUUCAAUUCAAAAUUCAAUGUACUGUGUGUAGAAACUGUAGAUGUUUGUACGUGCAAAUAUUUGGAAUUUGUGGAACAAAAGAUUCAAGGAAAACUAUUCCAAAAAAAAAAAAAGUUCAAUAUGACACAAAAAUCUAUUGUGUGUUGUCUUUGUGUUUUGUAAAUGAAGACUGAAAAUCUUGGUACAUUCAGUAUUUAUUACUUCUGGAUAUUGAGAAUAUUUUAGUGAUGCUGAAAAGGUGCUGUAUUUAUUUUAUGUGAGAGUUGUUCAUUAUGCUGGAGUUUGCACUUUUGUGCCAUUUAUCCAGUUCUAUGAAGAAAAUGAUAAAUCAUAAUGGAAAUAAAACUUGAAGAAAGAAAAAACAA